GCCACGCCCCGCGCUGUCCUUUAGGAGGCGGGACCUGGGAGGGGUAGCGGUGCGGCCGCAAGAGCUGUCAGCCCUGGUAGGAUUCACGGUUCUUUCUCUUAUCCGGUGGGUCCACGCGGAGGCAGGGUCCCAGACCCCGGUGAGCAAUUGUGAGGCCCCGGAACUGAGACCCACAGGGACUCCGCAGCUAACCCCUGCGCGCUCGCCCGCCAGCCAAUCGUGGGCCGCCUGCCUGCGACGCCCUUUGACCCCGGGCCUCUAGGAAUCCAGUCGCGCUCAGCCCAGCAGCCCGGUUCCGCGCCGGUCCCCGCCGCUAGGUUAGUGUCCGCACCGCGCCUGAGCCCGUCCUUGUCUGCCUGGAUGCCCGAGUUGGCCCUGAGGUGGUUCAUCACCACUCGGUCCUGAGCCCCGAACCUGCGAGCGGAGGCCCCUGGCGGUCGCCCGGCCGUCUCCUAGCCCAGCUUACGACCCCGAAGGCCGCCAGGACAAAAAAACAUUUACUAGUUUGGAGUUUAAAGUAUGUCAUCAUGGCAAAAUUUCGAAGAAGGACCUGCAUCCUUUUGUCACUUUUUAUUCUAUUUAUUUUUUCUCUGAUGAUGGGCUUAAAGAUGCUGUGGCCAAACGCAGCAUCCUUUGGACCUCCUUUUGGACUUGACCUCCUUCCAGAACUUCAUCCACUAAAUGCGCAUUCGGGAAACAAAGCUGACUUCCAAAGGAGUGAUAGAAUCAACAUGGAAACAAACACCAAGGCUUUAAAAGGCGCUGGCAUGACUGUGCUGCCAGCCAAAGCCUCUGAGGUGAACCUGGAAGAACUACCUCCUCUGAAUUACUUUUUACAUGCAUUUUAUUACAGUUGGUAUGGAAAUCCACAGUUUGAUGGUAAAUAUAUACACUGGAAUCAUCCGGUCCUGGAACACUGGGACCCUCGGAUAGCCAAGAACUAUCCACAAGGACAACAUAGUCCUCCAGACGACAUUGGCUCCAGUUUUUAUCCUGAGUUAGGAAGUUACAGCUCUCGAGACCCUUCUGUCAUAGAAACUCACAUGAAACAAAUGCGCUCAGCCUCAAUUGGAGUUCUGGCCCUGUCUUGGUACCCACCUGAUUCAAGGGAUGACAAUGGCGAAGCUACUGAUCACUUGGUGCCAACCAUUUUGGAUAAAGCUCAUAAAUAUAAUCUGAAGGUCACUUUUCACAUAGAGCCAUAUAGCAAUCGAGAUGAUCAAAACAUGCAUCAAAAUAUCAAGUAUAUUAUAGACAAAUAUGGAAACCAUCCAGCCUUUUAUAGAUACAAGACCAGGACUGGGCAUUCUCUGCCCAUGUUUUAUGUCUAUGAUUCUUACAUCACAAAGCCUACAAUAUGGGCCAAUCUGUUAACACCCUCCGGAUCUCAGAGUGUUCGCAGUUCUCCUUAUGAUGGAUUGUUUAUUGCACUUCUAGUAGAAGAAAAGCAUAAAAAUGAUAUUCUUCAGAGUGGUUUUGAUGGUAUUUACACAUAUUUUGCCACAAAUGGCUUUACAUAUGGCUCAUCUCAUCAGAAUUGGAAUAACCUGAAAUCCUUUUGUGAAAAGAACAACUUGAUGUUUAUCCCAAGUGUAGGCCCAGGAUACAUAGAUACAAGCAUCCGACCAUGGAACACUCAGAACACCCGGAACAGAGUCAAUGGGAAGUAUUAUGAAGUUGGUCUAAGUGCUGCACUCCAGACCCACCCCAGUUUAAUUUCCAUCACCUCUUUCAAUGAGUGGCAUGAAGGAACUCAAAUUGAAAAGGCUGUCCCCAAAAGAACUGCUAACACGAUAUACCUGGAUUACCGGCCUCAUAAGCCAAGUCUUUAUCUAGAACUAACUCGAAAGUGGUCUGAAAAAUUCAGUAAGGAAAGAAUGACGUAUGCAUUGGAUCAACAGCAGCCUGCUUCAUAAUGUAUCCCUUACAGUUUAUCACGUCUACUAGCUUAAGUCAACAUGCUGUGUUUUUGUUAUGGAAAGAAAACUCAAAAUCAAUCUGUGUUUGCAAUUAUAACCUUUAUCAGUUAUUUCAUUUUUACUUUUUAAAAGAUUCGUUUUCCUACAAUGGAUAAUACCAUACAGAGAAAACAUCUGACAAGAAAGAUUGUGUCUGUAACAUUCCUGAUGAUGUGGUAUUCUGAAUUUCUAGCUACAUUGAAAUCUUAAUGGGAUAGCCUUUUAGUUUUUUGUUUCACAGUAGAAAAAAAAAUGAUUAUAUUAUCAUCACAAAAAGUAGCUAACGUCCAAGUAAGUCAUACUUAUAUACUGGGUCCAAAGACAUAGAAGUAUGUACAUGCUAAGUACAUCUGGCAACAAAAGUUCAGGCUAACGAACAGUAACCAGAUGUGCUUCAUUUCUGGUCUCUUCAGUGAAGUUUGUUAAUAAUAUUCAGAUUCCGGCUGGCUUCCCCUGGUGAUCAAACUCACUUCUCAAGUUUCUUGUGAACACAAACUUGUUUAAGUAACAAGCUAUUUUAUUACAUUUCUCUAUUUCUGUUAGCCAUGGUCUGUUCUCGAAUGGCUUUGUGCAGAGCAUCCAUCAGUGUCAUCAUUUGAAGACUUGGGUGCCUGUGGCUCUAAGUGCUUUUCUAUGUUUAAUGCCCUGCCUGGUGUGUCCUGCUGAAUUAAAGACUAGAAACAAUAUAUAGUUUAUUAAGUGUUAAUGACUGGUACACGCCUUUAAUCCCAGCACUUGGGAGGCAGAGGCAGGUGGGUUUCUGAGUACGAGGCCAACUUAGUCUACAAAGUGAGUUCCAGGACAGCCAGAGCUAUACAGAGAAACUCUGUCUCGAAAACCCAGAAAAAUACAUACAUAUAUACAUACAUACAUACAUACAUACAUACAUACAUACAUACAUGUUAAUGACUGCUCUUAUCUAUGAGGAAAACCAUUGUUUCUCAGUGGUUAAAAUAAAUGUUCACCAGAAACUACUGAACUGACUGAAAAAGGAUAACAUUAAUCCUCAAGAGUGUUUUCCUUUUAAUAUUUUCAUUUAAUUUUACUGUAAGACAGAAAAAAAUUGCUUAUCACUUCAAAACUAGAGAUAAAUAGUUUUAAAGUAACAUAUUUUUCAGUUAUGUCCUCAUAUUUGGAUGUCUUACACUUUUGGUUUAAAAAGAAACUGUUAGUGAUAUAGUUACAAAUUGAAAAGUUCUAUGCUAAAAAUAAAUUUUUGUAAAAGUGAAAAUAGGAGAAAUUGACUGAAUUCAAUAUUUAUAAUUAAAAUAGAAAAACCACCUAGUCUAUAUAAUUUUACACAACUGUUAUUUCUUAGUACUACAGAGAGGACCAGUUGAGUAACACUAACAAAUAUUGCAUGCCAGCCUUCAUAGCAUAAAGACAUUUAGAAACCAGUAAGUUCUGGGAUGUAUUUUAAAAUACACAGCAGAGAGGAAGCAGUUUUAGGGUAAGAGUGACUGCUCUGUGGGGAAAGUUCUUGCUGUGCAAGCCUGAAGACCUGAGUCUGAACACCUAGAACUCAAACAGAUACGAGCUCACGAGCAUGCAUGUUCUAGUCCACGGCUUCUCCAGUGAGCGAGAGAAAGUGGACACAGUACAGAGCCCAGAAGUGCAUGAGCCAGUUAGCCUGCCGUACACAACAGCACUAAGACAUAUGUCUCAAACAUGGUGGGCAGCAGAGGUCGGCAGGCAAGGUUGCUCUGACAUUCAGACCCAUGUCAUGUCAUAGUCAGUCUCCCUCUUACUCUGGAAUGUUUGAACAUACUUACACACAGAGCUUUUUUAAAACGCAUGUUUAAAAUAAUUCUUUUAGCAUAAAAUCUUUUUCAAGAGAUAUACUAACCUUAUUAAAUUAAAAUUUUCUAUUUAUCAGAAUAUUAUUGGGCCAUUAAAAAUUAUGAAAAUAAUAGUCUGAUUUUUCCAGAUAAAUUGUAAGAAUAAUUUAAUAUAGUAGUAUUUUAAUAUUACACAUCUCCAUUGGGAUAAGGAGAAAUAUAACCUAUAGAUCUUUUUUUUUUGCUUUGCUACUAGAUUAAAGCUGAAUUUUAAUACAUAGACUUUUACAGCAUAUGCUGUUUUCUUCAUACCUUAUGUUACAUUUUCUAUUUGAGUCCACCAUGACAAAAAGUGAAUGUUAUGAAACAAUUCUGAGACAGAAUAAGUCUACGCAAAUAAGGUCUAGCAACUGUCCAUAAGAGUUCAACUUUCUCAGUGGACAGCUCACUCUAGCUCUUGCUGUUCCCAGUACAUCUACCCGAUCAAUAGUCAGUCAGAACUUAAAAUUAGACAGACGUUAUCUUUAUUUUUUUAAAGAAUUGCUGUCUAAGGAAUGACUGAAAUAUCUUUUCAUAAGACUUAUUAGUUGAUAAUUAUAUAAAGGACCAUAGCCACCCCUCUGGUUUCCACAACCAAAUAUUCAGCCAACUAAGGCUCAAAAUACUUGGGAACAAAACUCCACUUGUAUAUAUCAAGCAUGUUUAGUGUGUCUCCAUCCCUUAAGCCAUACAGUAUAACCACCACUUAGAUUUUUCUAGGUAUUACAAAUAAGUUGAGAGGGUUUAAAGUGUACCUGAAGAUCAUUGUGGAAUUAUAUUCAAAUCCUGUUCCACGUUUUAAAACGACCUAAGCAUAUUCAGCCAUUUUUACCUUUGGGUCCUGAAGCCAGUUCUACACAGAUAUCAAGGGAUGGCUAUAUUCACAAUAUUGCUAGUGAUUGUUAGAGGAGCCUCUUUUUCCAGGUGUCUCUGCUGUCUGACUGGAAACACAGCUGGAAUUGCAAUGAUCACAAGUCAAUCUAAUCAAAUGAUCCUGUUCUUAUUUUUAUAAAUCUGAAUAUUAGGAUUCAGUAAACUUAAAGAGGUACAGUAUGAAUUAAAUCAGUUUUUUAAUAAGCCUUUUGUUUUGUGGAUUAACCCAUCUAAUUGUUUAGAGAACUAGAUCCUUAUUUCUUCUUUCAAGAUGUAAUUGUAAAAGACUGCCCUUAUUAGUGUUUGAAUUGUAUAUUAACUUGCUUAUUUAUGUGUGUAAAGUGGAAAAUGUUUUAUUUUAUUAUAUGGUGUUAAUUUUGUCUAAUAAAAGCAUAAAUGAAUACUGUUCAUAA